AUGGUCCCCCCAAGGUGGCUCCAAGCCCUGGCCACCCUGUGUAUCUCACUAUCGCCCCUGCCAGGAAGCGUCCUGGGACAUAGUGUAGCCGUUCCUUCUCGGCUUCACUAUAAGGAAACUGCUGAGCAACCUCUGGCUGGCCUCCGCCUUGGAGUCAAGGAUAUCUUCCACGUCAAAGGCCUUCGCCCGAGCGGCGGAAACAGGGCAUACUACGCUCUCUACGAGCCUCGCAACGCAGCCGGCCCUGCUAUCCAGCGGCUUAUCGACCUGGGCGCGGUUGUAUCCUUGAACACCCAAGGGUGA